AUGGGAAUGCAUAAAAGGAGACCCACGAGUUCGACGCCAUGUUGCUGUGGGCCGGCGGCCUGCACAGACUCUGAUGCCGUGGGCGCUGCUGGAGCUGCUGGAGCUGCUGGCGCUGCUGAUGCUGCCGGAGCUGCUGGAUCGGCUGGCGCGGCUGGAGCGGCUGGAGCUGGCUUUGCCGCCGCUGCUGCUGGCGUUGAUGUUGCUGGCGCUCGUUGGAACCUGGAGGAGUAG